CAAAUCUCCCUUAUUAGUUUUCGUUUUUAUCUCUGUUGUUUUCCGUCUUUUGACCACCUUUUUUCGACAUGCCCCUCCUUUCAGUCGAGGGAACUAUUAUGAACCCAUUGUUACAGUUUGCUAAAAGCAUCCUUUUGCUAAAAUAAAUAUGAAUAAAGAAAAAAAACCUCUUCUUUUCAGAUAUAAACACCUAUAUCUAUCAACUUAAUAACACAACAUAUUCGUCCAAAAAUGUCGAAUCCACCAUAUCCAACCUUGGACGCCGAUACUAUACAAAAGAAGAAUGCGAAAUGCUAGAAGCUAUUCGUGAAUAUCGACCAAAACUGGAAGAAUUAGUCACUCAACAAGAUCUACAAGCUCUGGCAAACGAAAUAAAUGGCAUACCUACCCAGGUACCGCCUCAACCAUCAACACAGGCAUCAUUUGAAUACCUUCCAAAUACUAAAAAUAUACCAAAUCAAACUUCAAGCAGUCAAACAACAGGUAAACAACACACAUAA